UUCACCAGCCAUUACGGAAGAAGAAGUUUUUUAGUUAUCUCUCUCAUUCCAUUCGAAGCGACCACGGCGUCAGUGUCUAUGGAUCCAGCUGCUGAUAAACCGGCGAAGAAGCGGAAGGCUUCGGCUGCUUCCAAGAGCUCGAAGGCAUCAUCAGGUUCACGGAAGAGCAAGUCGUCCAAAGCUUCGACGAAGUCGACCGAUGUGCACGAAAAAUUAGCAGAUACGGUUCAGGGUAGACAGGACACCCUGACUGCAGCUGCAUCGCACAAGAGUGACUUGCAGUCGGCCGCGUCUCAGAAGCUCCAGUCGAACCAAACAGGCGAGGAAAUUCAACGGAAAAUGCAGAAAAACCAGUCUGAGGAGACUUCGAAACUGAUGCAAGUAGAAAAGCGCUAUGAACGCAAACUCGGAGAACGUAGUAAAGAGGACCAUACCCUGUCGACUGGCGCUACUCGUCACCCACAUGACAACACUGGUGAGAAGGAACGCCGCAGCAAGAUAAGCAAGGUACCAGGGAUAACUCAGUUCUUCGUAUGCGUUCUUCUCGUGGCUGUCGUCAUCUCGAUCAUCGUCAUUGUUGUUCUUCUCUACCGAUGGUUCUUCCCAGAAAAGGGCAUCCUAUGCAACACAGGCGAAUGCAGGCACGUCUUAUUCGAAAUCGAGCAGCUGCUGAGCACUAACAUCGAUCCUUGCGAUGAUUUCUAUGGUUACGUCUGCGGCAAGUGGGCUAACAAACCCAACUCCGGUUUCCUUGACGACGUGAUGACUAUAUACAACGAGACGCUGAUAGACUCCAUCUUUUCCCAACAGUCCCUGCAACGAUCGAGACUUGGAAGGCACGUGUUUUCAGGAAUCUACCGCAAGUGCGACGAUUACAUCAAGAGAGGUAAAGGUUCCUUCCAGGAUGCCGUGGAAGAUAUAAGCAGAUUAAUCGACAUUGACAAGGUUACGAGAAGCCAGAGAUGCCUCAGCUUUAUUCGCCUAUCUUACGGGCCUUGUUUUGAAGACUGGCGUUCAUACCUUCUAUACAAUCGAGUUUCAUCUAGUCGAUAAGGUAACAGCAA